CACACAACGGGUGUAAUUGCUUACAAAUAAGAUAGUUUUAUCUGUUUAUUCGGCCGCUUCGCUCGUGUAAUUAGCCACAGUCGAGUGAAUUUCUCAGAUGAAUCGAAUCCUCUCCCGUACUUUACCUACUGUGCGAUUGCAUCUACGAGUGCCAAUGGCCAGAAACGCAUCUUACCUCAUCGAGGACCCCAAAUACUCCUUUUUAAAGGACUUGGGACUGGAGAAAACAAAUGUCGGCGUGUAUAAUGGAAAGUGGAAAGCUAAUGGACAGGUGAUCCAAUCAUUCAGUCCAGCCAACGGCAAGGUAAUAGCAGAAGUACAGAGCGCUACAUCGUCAGACUACGAGUCAUGCGCGCAAUCUGCAGAGGCGGCUUGGCGCGAGUGGGCGGAGCUGCCGGCGCCCGCGCGCGGCGAGAUUGUGCGACAGAUUGGGGACGCGCUGCGGGAGAAGCUGCAGCCGCUGGGGCAGCUGGUGGCGCUGGAAAUGGGUAAAAUCCUCCCCGAAGCGAUCGGCGAGGUAGUAGAAUACAUUCACGUGUGUGACCUCGCGCUAGGUCUAUCCCGGACGCUCCCGGGAACAAUCUUCCCGUCAGAGCGUCCCGGACACGUGCUCAUCGAGAAGUGGAACCCACUGGGCGCUAUUGGCAUCAUCACGGCGUUUAACUUCCCCGUGGCUGUGUUUGGAUGGAACAGCGCUAUUGCUAUGGUCUGUGGAGACGUGAGCGUAUGGAAGCCAUCAGACACCACGCCCCUUACAGCUGUGGCCGUCACUAAAAUUGUGGAGAGUGUUCUGGUCAAGAACAACAUCCCUGGAGCUGUGGCUUCUCUGUGUGUGGGCGGGAAGGACAUUGGACAACAGCUGGUGCAAGACCCCAGGAUGAAACUGGUUUCUUUUACUGGCAGUACUGCUGUUGGACAACAGGUGGGCGUAGAAGUGCAGAAGCGUUUCGGUCGCCACCUCCUCGAGUUGGGCGGGAACAACGCGAUCGUAGUCAACUCGGACGCAAAUCUGCAGUUGUUGUUGAACGCGGCAUUAUUCGCGUGUGCGGGAACUGCGGGACAGAGGUGCACUACUACGAGACGACUGUUGAUACAUAAAAAGGUAUACGGUGAAGUGGUAUCCAAGCUAAAGAAGGCAUUUGCAAGCGUAGUGAGCAGAAUCGGCGACCCGCUAGAGAGCGAGACGUUGAUCGGUCCGCUGCACACGUCCGCUGCUGUUGACGCCUACUUGAAGACUGUGGAGGAAGCUAAGAAACAGGGCGGUACUGUGGAGUUUGGUGGAAAGGUCAUCAAACGCGAAGGUUUCUUCGUAGAGCCGACCAUAAUCACGGGUCUACCCCACGACUCGCCGCUCGUCAAAUCUGAAUGUUUUGCUCCUAUCGUGUACUGUAUUGAGAUUCCUGACUUAGAUACUGGUAUUAAGUAUAACAAUGAAGUGGAACAGGGGCUGUCGUCUAGCUUGUUCACUGAGAACUUGGCUGAUGUAUUCAAGUGGAUAGGCCCGCUCGGUUCAGACUGCGGUAUAGUAAACGUGAACAUCCCGACCAACGGCGCGGAAGUGGGCGGGGCGUUCGGCGGCGAGAAGGCCACGGGCGGCGGCCGAGAGUGCGGGUCUGACUCGUGGAAGAAUUAUAUGAGACGCUCCACUGUUACCAUUAAUUAUUCUGGUGCUAUUAAAUUGGCGCAGAAUAUCAAGUUUGGCGAUGAGUAGGGAUUUGUUGAAGUGACGUUUGAAAAAGUUUGCGGAUGAGUGUUAAUGUACAAUUAAGAGAAGAGUGAUUGAUCAAUAUAAGAAAUAGCUGUAUUUAUAAUACAAAAUAUAUAAGAAUAGAAAAAAAGACGCGUGGCAUUCGGGGACUGCCGCGGUAGAGCUAUUGCAUGCUAUGCCUUCAA